GCCCGGCUAAUUUUUUGUAUUUUUCAUAGAGACAGGGUUUCACUGUGUUAGCCACGAUGGUCUCAAUUUCUUGACCUCGUGAUCUGCCUGCCUCGGCCUCCCGAUGUCCAUGUGAUUUUUAAGCACUCCAAUUGAGAACUGCUGCUUUAAGCUCUGGCUUUGUUUCCUCUAGCUCGGAGCUUUCCCAGGCAGGCGAAAAGAAUCAUCUGGUCCUCCCUUGGUGCUGAGGCACUUCCUGGGUAUCUGAUCCUUUGGGAACCAUAGUGGCUGCUGUGUUCAUAAUAGAGCAGUUGAAGGGACACUAGGCCAUAGAAGGCCCCUCCGGUGGUGAAGCUCAUAUCUCUCGGGACCCACAUGAACACAUGCAGACUAAAUCCCUAGGAGAACCGUGGUAUGUAGGCCCUUAAAGGUGGUGGGUGGUUGGGGAGGCAGAGAAGUGUUCUGAGAGGAGAGAGGUGGCACUUGGCUGCCUUCCCGCUCAUCGCAGAGAUUCAGGAGGAGCCAUGUGCCCGGCUGGGGCUCCAUGGUAGCACUUUCUUCUCAUUUCUAUCUUAGUCUGCACAAUGGUAGAUACCAUGUCCAUUUCACAGUUAAAAAGACUGAGGCCCAGAGAUUGUGAGGAGCCUCAACUACUAAGUGACAAACCUUGAUAUGUAGGCAGGAUAGACUCCGUCUGAGAGAGGGAUGGUGUCUUUCCUUCACCAAGUGAUCUCGUCCCUCAUGUUCAGAGCUCCAGCUGCACCAGCUGCCUUAUGCAGGCGGGCAAUAGGGCUAGUUGAAGGCCAGGCAGGGCUUUCGGCAUCCUUCCUGACCCUCUGGCUUGUCUGUGUUGCAAACUGACCCAACUGUAGUAGCUGACCUGUGUCUUUAUUAAUGCCAUUGAACCAAGCUACCUGCAGGCCUGCAACCUUGUAGGGUCCACCUGCCUUUUUUACUACACGAUCAUAUAAAUAUAUAAUUCAGAGAGAUUUGUAGAAAUCAGAAAAAUAAGAACAUAGAGCCUGUAAUUUACAGAGAAGCAGAGAAGCUUCCUCAGGCCUGCAGACCGUCCCUUCAUGUUUAAAGGACAGGAAGGAGCAAAACAGGGAACCAGGGAGGAUGUUUUAUGGGCCAGUCUUAUGCUUUCAGAUUUAGCUUUCAGUCUGUCAUGUUUCAGCCUUGUCCUGGCCUUUGUGCUUUUCCACGAGUUCCUGGUUGCAAGGGGAAGGAGACAGGUCCUGCUGUGUGGUGCGUGGAGUAUCUUAGGGAGAGCCUGUUGGGGUGGGGUAACUGUGGGGUCACUCAGGCCCUUCCUGCCACUGUAGGCACCUCCGAGGCUAUUUGGCCCGCAGGAAGCCCUGAGUUGUUUGCUCCUUUGCCCAGCAGCUCAUUUCUAGCUCUGUGCUGUGUGCUUUCAGAAUAAGAUCACUUUAAAAAAUAACUUCAGACACAAGAAAACUUGUGUUUUCAUCUUUACACAAGCCCUGUGAGCAAGGUAUGAGGGGUGGUUAAUGGGGGAGGUGCUCCCCCCACCCCCUGCUGUCCCCAUGCAUCACAUUCCCCCGGGGUCCCUACAUGCUUUCAGACUUUUGGUUGAGAGACUUCUGUCUUUAAGUGGAAUUCUGCAUGGAGUCUUAAUACAAGCUUUAAAAAGUAUACAGUCAGAUGCUGCUUUAUUUGAAGUUUUGAAAUAUUUCUGACCCCUCCCUCAUCAACAACUCUGCCCCUGGCAGCUGCAGAAAAGAAUAUACACUGACCAGACUGGAACAACCUCCUUCUCUGAGGAAUUAUCCAGGUGCCCAGAGGUCCAGAUCACAGACCUGCUCAGGAAAGGCACCUCUUCUUGUGUGAUCAUUUGAUUAUUUUCCCAAAUGAACAAGCUUAUUUUUUAAAGAUUUUCCAAAGUAGUCAAUGUCUUCAAGCUCUUUGCCAAUGGUGACUUGUGCAUGAGCAGCACUCAUGUUUAUAGGUGAACUCUCAGGCACAUGGGGGCUCGUGUUCACCGGGAGAAGCGGCUGGGCCUGGGGGAACAGUCUGCUGGCUGUCAGGGCUGGCACGGCCACGAGAUUCCAAAAAUUGAGGACAAGGCAAGGGUGUUGAGAAGGUUCUUCCAGGGUAUUAAGGGUUUUUUAUCCCUGCCCCUUGCCCCACUUGACUUUACUGGACACAGAGCCUUAGAUGAGUCCCCAUCCCUUCUUGAUUUGGUCAUGACAAUUGAGAUGUUGCCUAUUUGUAACAAUGAAUUCCUUAAUGAAGGAAGGUGGAGUCUUGGCUGGAAGGUAAGGUCUGAACCAGUUCACAGGAUGGGGUCUGUAUGAUGCUCUUCAAGCAGCAGGGAGUUGGAGGGAUAAUAAGUGGGGUGGGGAGGGCCUUGCUUGACUGAGCUCCCUGCAGACCACUUCACCUGAGAGCAUCUAUGGCUAGAUUUAAGUUAUUUUGAAAUACUAAAGGUGAGUGAGCCAGGUCUGGGUGCAGGUGAACCCAGGUGGAAUGGAAACGCUUCUUAAGUGCUGUGAAAGUAGAGGUUAGGGGUCAUAAGGGAAGCUCAGAGCCGUUCACUGAUAAGUGACACCCACUUUUUUCCCCUAAAGUGUAAUUUAUGGUGACUCAUGAAAGUUCACCCAUUAGAAUGGAGCACAUAGUGGUCAGGGCAUUCUCUGAAUCUCCAUGGGACCUUUGAGAUGGAUGUUGUUCUCUGGAAACUGGGGGCUGAACUUUAAGCUCCCUCCCCUCCUUUUGUCUUAGUUGGGAGGUUGGGGGAGGUCAGCUAAUGACAGGUCCAGGAAGAGCUUGGGACCCAGUCUUCUAAGACUCUUGGACCCAAAUCUGCUAGGCAGGGGCAGGUUUCGCCUUCGGGAGCUUCCUUGUUAUUUGUACUUCUGCCCAAGGCCUAAGUGAUGUUUCCCACACUGAAAGAAUCAGGGAAUGGAAGCCAGCAGCGGUUAAUCAAGGGGCUGUGUGGACCAAAAACAGCAGUCUCCUGAGGGUGACGGUCGGGGGUUCCAGCUGUGACCUGAUUCAGACCUUCCAUAUUGUGGUGAGGAAGCUCAGCCGGGGGAGGGGUCGGGAGUGACUGAACCACAGAUGUGGACAAGCAUCCAGGUCCCUGGAUCUCCUGUCCCGACUUAGGACCUGGGAGUUGCCUUUCAGGGAAGGGAAGAGUGAGGGAAGGGACUGGGCCUGCAUGGGGCAAUUUGAAUGUCCUCUGCCUCUGGUAUUGGAGUUAUACAUGGACAGCUGAGCCUGGCGGAGGGAAGAAGUUGGAGAAUAUGUGCCAGAGUGAGCAGACAAAGAGGAUCAGAAGAAGGGAACAGAGGAACCUUUGCAGGUCAUCCUGGGUCAUUCUGGAGAGCCAAAAGAAGACACAGGUUGGUCCUGGCCAGACACAAGUCCUCCCUGUGUUCCUAAACCCAGGACACCUGUCAGAGCAUGGGGAACACCUUGCACUUACUUCCAUGAGGAUCUCCGUCUACAGGACGGUGAGUGCCUCUAGGCAGCACUGGUGUCUGCUUGCAUAGACAGGGCUGAAGAAUCGGGCAGCUGUGCUCCCCAACUCUUUUGUGCCUGAGUUUCUGGUAUAAAUAUUUCAUGUAGGCCUCCCCCAGAAGUCCCCUUUCUUUGAAUUUCAGGCCACACUGAGAAUUUGGUGACCUGAGGUGCCCAGUGAGCGCCUUCUGGCUCAUCGAGACUGUCCAGUGUACAUACCUUCCCAUUAUGUAAGUGGUGAGUCAAGGACUGCAAAAUAGGAAUUAGCGGCCUGCCUGUGUUCAGGGCCAUAAUUAGAUACCCACAUUCUCUCUCUGCCUUCCCUGUGUUGCCUGAGUGGAGUGACUGCUGGCCACCCACAAUUAAUUAUCAAGGGGCUGAAGAGGGUUCCACCUGGUUGUCCACUGAGGUGCUCUCUCUGUCCACACCUUUGCCGUGUGCACAGCUCUUUCAGUGAUGUGAGAAGGUGAAGGGGUUUCUGUGGCCCACACCCCACACUGGGGAGGCAGCCGGGAAGACAGCUUUGAUUGGCACCCUUGCUGGGCUAUCUUCAGAGCUGUAGGUGGACUUCUCUGCAGCAGCUGUGACGCUGCCCUGCAGCAUGAAGGCUUGUGAUAAUGCGCUGGGCGUCUCCCUCCCACACAGAGGGAAAUGACUUUAGGUAUUAAGAAAGUGAAAAGCUUGGAAUAAUUGGUUAGGAAACUAAGUAGCAGCAGGAAAGAACUGUCAAAAAAAAAAAAAAAAAAAAAAAAAAGCCAUUACGCUCUCUUCCUUUCUCCGCCGUCAUGGUGCGUGCUUUACUCCAUUUCUCGCCAUGUCUUCUCACAAGACUUUCAGGAUGAAGCAGUUCCUGGCCAAGAAACAAAAGCAAAAUCGUCCUAUUCCCCAGUGGAUUCAGAUGAAAACUGGUAAUAAAAUCAGGUACAACUCCAAAAGGAAACAUUGGAGAAGAACCAAGCUGGAUCUACAAGAAAUUACACAUGAGAUGGCACACACAUUUAUGCUGUCUGAAGGUCACAAUCGUGUUACAUUUUCAAGCUGAAAAAUGUCACCGCUAUCCAGAGAAGUUUGAACAGAGGUUCCUCUCUGGAUCUGUUAUGAAGGCGUUGGUUGGCUGGGUUCGGUAAUAUGUGAGCCCUUUUCACUUCUUUAAAAAAAAAAAAAAGUCAUUUUAUGGGAGUUACAGCAUAAAACAUUUAGGGUUGAAAAAUCAAAGCCACAUGGCUGGUGCUAGUAUGUUCACGUGUUUGUGCAGUGCUCACACACACUCACCUUUUAGGCAUCCCCUUGCUCUGUCCCCUACUCAGAUCCCCACCUGCCGUGUCUUUUGCCUGGGGCAUUCCUGGGAAAUAUGUCAUGUCCAAAAACAGUUUGAUGAGCUGAUUCACGUAGGGCUACACUUGUGGCAGGCAUUGUAAUAUGUUAGUGUCUUAACCUCUUCUGCCCUCCGCAAGACUAUUUUUCAGAAGAAUCUUUUCUUUGGCCAGGAAGGAUAUAUUCUUUAUGGUGGGGAAAUCUCUCUGAACCGGGAGCAGUUGCACUGGUGGGAUCUCAGAGAUGCAGGUCAGCAGCGCAGGGACCUUAGGAAGGAGGUAUCCUUCACCUUGUGCCAUGUACUGGCCUGAGGGCUGGUCCAGCCCACAUACAGGCAUGGACCAGUCACGCACAAACACCUGCUCAAAGUUGUCAGACUCGAACUCCAGGGUGGCUUCCUUCGUGGGGGUGCUGGUCCCAACACUCAACAUGGCAGGUGUAUUUGUUUCCUGUGGCCACUGUAACAAGUUGCCACAAACUUAGUGGCUUAACACAACACAUCUUUGUUCUGUGAUCGGUCUGGAGGUUGAGAGUCCAAAAUGAGUACCACUUUGGGUGUGGUAGCUUCCUCCUGAGGUCCUGGGGGAAGGGAGAAUCCCCUCUCCACUGCUUGCAGACUCCAGUGGCCACCUGCCUUCCUCGGCUCAGGCCCCUUCCUGUCACCACUACAGUCUCUUGCUCCUGUCAUCACGUUUCCUUCUCCUCUUUGUCACAUUUUCCUCUGUCUCCCUGUUAGAUCAGAGUCCGGAUGCCUUUUUGUUUCAUUUUUUAUUUUUUAAAGAUUGGGUUUGCUUUGUCACCUGUCCUGGAGUGCAGUGGCACAGUCAUAGCUCACUGCAACCUUGAACUCCUGGGCGCAAGUGAUCUUCCUACCUGAGCCUUUCAAGUAACUGGAUUACAGGUGCUCCAGUGUGAGCUCAGCAGGGCUGUUCAGGGGAGUUCAGCAGGGAUAAGUAGGACUUGUGGGCGCUGCUGCCAGGCAUGCGGUAUAGGCAUGAGAAAUGGAGAAAGGAAGAUGGGGCCACCAGAGACUGCUCUGAUAGACACACAGUCCCCACCUGGGUAUCAGUGUCAUCGCCUUCCAGAGAAUUUGUGUUUUCAGCAUGAAGCAGGAUCAGGGAAUGUCAUUAUAGAAAAAGACCUGGAAGAGCCAGCCCCCUCCACAGGUGGGGCCGAUGGAGAAGUAACUUUUGCCCCAGUUUGUAGAGCCUGGGACUGCAGAGCUUUGACGGUUGCCCUGACUCAAGUCAACUUGGGAGCUGAGCCCCUCAGUGUGUAGGGCGCAGCGGAUACCAUGGCCGGCCUCCUGUUCACUGAUUCAGCCCCAGUGGGAGAGGGGGAAAUGGAAAAUACUCCUUGUCCUUGAGCAGUGUUUUGUUGGUGAGACUGGUUUUGUGUUUACUUCUCACAUGUGAGGUACAGACAGGUAUGGUGACCCCCAGCUCUCCCAGAAAAAUCCUGACUUUGGGCAAGUUACUACUCUCCUCCUGGGACCAUUUUAAUAAUUAAAUGCAAACACAGUGAGGACGCUAGCACUGUGGUUGGUGUGUGACCAAGCCCAUGGGGCACAAAGGUGAAGGGACAGGGACAGAGCAGGUGGAGGAGGAGAGAGACUCCCUGAAGCCACAAGGCUCUGAAGGACUGUGCUGUCCCAGCUGUGACCCACCUCAACCAGCUGCACUGAGGCAGGCUUGUCCCUCGGAGGCAGAAGGGUCUUAAAGCUACGACCCAUCCCCCAGUCUCAGUCCUUCCUUAGGUAGCUAAUGCUUGCUUUCGGGCUUCUGUGUGUUCCUCUGCCUUUGAUGGAAGGGUGGUAGACAGGCUUCCCCUCAAAGUCUAAUAAGCAGUGAGUCAUUGUCUUCCUCUGAGCCAAGAGGGCUGUACCUGGUGCCUGGGGGUGCUUUGUGAUGUCCAGGCCCCAGCUGAGAAGCAGUUGUGCUGGGGUUCAUUAGUGGUGUCCCCUGUCUGUCUGCAGGGUGCGGUAGCUGUCAUGGGGUGGAAGUCCAAGGCUCACUUCCUCCGGAUACCAAGUACAGGUUUUGGAACCAGCCUCUGUGAUCAGUGCAGAGGUAAAAAGAA